AUGAAAAAUCAUACAUUCAUCCAAAAGAUUAGUUGCGGCCGUGAUUCAGUACUCAGUAGCGAGUACGGUCACUCCGAGUUACCACUGGCAUCCCUCACAAGUUUAACAACUCAGGACUCGGCAACGGAACUUGCUGUGACCAACGUGAUGGAAGAUUGGGUAUCGGGUUUUGCGCCCGCAGGCGCGCUAAGUGGUUAUUGUUUAUCUACUGCGCGAUCCAAUUUCUUGUGCUGCCCGCUUUGGCUCGACAUUAAUACUCAACGGAAGACCAUCGACAACACGACAACGCCCAACGCUAUAAACCGACAUUGCCUAUCUUCGACAUCGCCAUUAUUUAUUUCACACAACGCUCUUUUGGUAUUCGACAUUUGGGGCUUAAGCGGUUAUGUUUUGAGACGACAUGUUUAUUUCACUACACGACAAUACGAUAUCACAGUGGUUGAGAACAAAGAGACAGCGUCCCGCAAUCGGGAAACCGCGACGAACGCAAGAGUGUCGCGUUGUUUGUGCUUGAUCGCUGAUGAGGAUUCUUUGCUCAUUCUCGUUCAAUACGAUUUCAGUGAUUUCGGACAUUGGCCAGAGGCGAGUAAUCUCUUCUUUCGUCGCUUGAGCCCUAUGCUAAUGUACCCUUCCGUGAAGCAGAGGACUGACGGAGGAUGCGCGAAAAAGGACGUCGAGCAUCGCGGACACGCUCGGCAGGCUUAA